AGAUUUCGAAGUAAGCAUUUAGUCUCACCCCGCAGUACUUUCUGAUUGGUACAAUCAAUGACGUCAUAGGUUUUUAAUUUGAAAGGCUGAGGUUGGGCUGAGGCUCCAUGUUUUAGUCUAACAUAUUCGUAACCUUGACAAAAUCGGCCUUUCGUCGCGUGGUGCGCGUGGGGCGGCUGUUCGUGUGUGGAUUUGUGUGACAGUUAUAGGUGUUAUCCUCUAUUAAAUGUUUUAUUUAUUGGUACGGUUGAUUCACAGUCCAUACAGUAUCACUUUGACUUACGUUGUUUAAACGUCAAGCGCAUGAUGGCGGCCACAAACGUGGAAACCAACCAGCUUCUCGCCUUCAUCAAGAUUGAACUCACGGAUCAGGCAUUGGAGCUGCAGCAGUACCUCAAGUCGAAGGGUGCAGACAUAGCCGCAGAAUCAUCGGGUGACCUGCACCAGGACCUGUCACUCAUCAUCAAGGCCUGCGAUGUGUGCUUCGCCUCCUCUGCUGCAGCCGAUGUCGAGGCCGUCCUGAAUAGCAUUGUUUCUAUGAUUAUUCUGGAAACUGUAAAUGACAACAACAAGCUCAUCAUAGAGUUUUGUGAGAAGAUGUCAACAGCAACAGCAUUCCAGGAAGUGUGCCUCAAAGUUCUUAACCUGUUGUUCAACAGUCUCAAAACAUCAUCACCAGUGAAGUAUGAUGUCUACUACAGCCUUGUCUCCCUGGCUGGAAAAGUUGACCAGCUGGACAGCGUGUUCACGACGAUCCCGGCCAUGGAGGCGGCGCUGGGCUCCAGUCUCACCACCAGCCAGAAACAGAAGCUGCUGCGGCUCAUCUUCCGCGAGCUGCUCAACAACAAACACAGUGACGCUGCGGCUGUGGUGAUGAUCGACCUCCUGCGCACCUACUCGGAGGAGACGGCGUCCGAGGCGCGUGAGGAGGCGCAGCGCUGCGUGCUGGCCGCCCUGGCCGACCCGGACACCUUCCUUCUGGACCACCUGCUCAGCCUGACGCCGGUCAGGUCGCUGGAGGGCACGCCCGUCUACGAGCUGCUAAACAUCUUCAUCAGCCAGGGGUUCGCCGAGUACCAGGCGUUCUACGCCAAGCACAAGGACCUGGUGGAGUCCUGGGGACUGAGCCACCAGGCCAACGAGAAUAAGAUGCGGCAGCUGACGUUCACGCAGCUGGCCCAGGCGCACCCGGACAUGUCGUUCGCCAUGAUCCAGAAGGAGCUCUGGAUUCCCGAGGAGGAUGUCGAGGAGUUCAUCAUCGAAGUGCUGCGGACUCGUCUGGUGCGCGGCCGGAUGGACCAGGCGGCGCGCAAGGUGCACAUCUCGUCGACCAUGCACCGCACGUUCGACCGCCGCCAGUGGCAGCAGCUGAGGGACGUGCUCACCGCCUGGAAGACCAACGUGGCCGCCACCCGCGAGAGCAUGCAGUCCGUGGUCACCGCCCAGCUGGAGAUGGCCACCCAGCUCGGCGCCGCCUCGUAAUCGGUGGCCGGGCUACGAACCAAGUGUAACGAAAUUCGUAAUGGGGUGCCGGCCUCGGUGGAGGGCGCGCCUCACGGACGCGGAAUACACUCUGUUUCUGAGGA